CCCAAAGAAGAAGUCCAACCACAAACACGCACGGCACCCGAACCGCCCUCCCCCGAAUCUCUCCCCAAAACCGACAAAGAAGAAACGAUAGAAAAAGCUCGAAUAGUGUUUGGAUCCCGUCUGGCCGGGCCCGGCGAACGCAAAGAAGAAAUCGACGCCGCGAGUCAGAAUGUCGCUGGUGUGUUGGUACCGCCGAAGCCCACGGAGCCGGAUAAUUGCUGCAUGAGUGGGUGUGUGAAUUGCGUUUGGGAUAUCUACCGUGAAGAGUUUGAAGAGUGGGUUGGCAAGAGAGAUGCGGCGAGGGAAAAGAUACAGAUGCAGAGGAAGAGUCAAGGUAUGGAGGGAGAGGGUGUGAAUAUGCCUGCGCAUGUGGCAUCGAGUAUGGAUGAUGAUGGGGGUGGUAGUGAGGCUUUGUGGACUGAGGGAAGUGAGGAGAAGGAAAAGGAUCCUUUUGCCGAUGUGCCUGUGGGCAUCAGGGAGUUUAUGCGUACGGAGAAGAUGUUGAAGCAG